UUUGCAACGUCCCGUAUAGACUUGGACGAUGGCUCUCCACGUGCCGAAAUCUCUGCUCGCUGGUAUGUUGAAAGACGGCGCCAGGCAUUUUCGAGGCAUGGAAGAAGCCGUCUUUCGCAACAUCGACGCCUGCAACGAAUUGACUCGAAUUACUAAGUCUUCGUAUGGUCCUAACGGCAUGAACAAAAUGGUUAUCAAUCACAUUGAAAAGUUGUUUGUUACAAGUGAUGCAGCCACUGUUGUUGGAGAACUUGAUGUUGAGCAUCCUGCUGCAAAACUGUUAGUUAUGGCAUCUCAGAUGCAGGAACAGGAGGUUGGUGAUGGAACAAACUUUGUGCUUGUGUUGGCCGGUGCUCUUUUGGAACAAGCAGAACUGUUAUUGAGAAUGGGAUUGUCAGUAGCCGAAGUCAUCAGUGGGUAUGAGAUGGCUCUCAAGAAAGCAUUAGAGAUCUUACCUGGUCUAAGCUGUUCAUCACUAAAGGAAGUUAGAGACGUGGCUGCAGUGGCAGCGGCCAUCAAGACGGCAAUAGCAAGCAAGCAGUAUGGCAAUGAAGACUUCUUGGCAGACUUGGUGGCUCAAGCGUGUGUGUCCAUCCUUCCUUCUGAUCCCAAAACCUUCAAUGUCGACAACGUGAGAGUCACAAAAAUCUUGGGUUCUGGUGUUCUGCAGUCGACCAUGUUGCGAGGAAUGGUUUUCAAACGCCAGGUGCAGUCGGAUGUGAAGAAGGUUCACGAUGCACGAAUUGUUGUCUUUUCGUGCCCAUUGGAUCUCAUGCAGACAGAGACGAAGGGCACUGUGUUGAUAAAGACUGCCGAGGAGCUGAAGAGUUUUAGUGGUGGAGAGGAAAGUAUAAUAGAGGAAAAGAUCAAAGGAGUUGUUGAGUCCGGCUGUAACGUCAUCGUAACGGGUGGAACUGUCGGAGAGCUAGCGUGUCACUUCUGUAACAGAUACCGUCUCAUGGUCGUGAGACUGCAGUCCAAGUUCGACGUAAGACGACUCUGCAAGGCAGUGAAAGCAAAAGCGUUGCCAAAAUUGGCUGUUCCUUCACCCGAAGAUUUGGGACACUGUAGCGACGUGUUUGUCGAAGAAUUAGGAGACACGGAGGUGACAAUAUUCCAGCAAGAUAAAGAUGAAGGCGACAUAGCGACUAUUGUUGUUCGUGGCUCAACUGAGAAUAUUAUGGAUGAUGUUGAGAGAGCUAUUGAUGAUGGAAUCAACACAUUCAAGACUCUGACCAAGGAUUCUCGUCUGGUUGCCGGAGCUGGUGCCACGGAGAUAGAGCUUGCGAAGCAGAUAGCAUCACAUGGAGCUACGUGUCCUGGUCUUGAACAGUAUGCCAUCAAAAAUUUUGCCGAAGCUCUAGAAGUCUUUCCACGAACUUUAGCUCAGAAUGCUGGUGUAAAGGCAACGGAGGUUGUGUCUAGACUCUAUGCAGCUCAUCAAGAAGGAAAUAAGAAUAUAGGAUUUGACAAUGAGGGUGAAGGUCCUGCUGUAAAGGAUGUGUGCGACGCUGGUAUUGUAGACACUUACCUGUUGAAAGAGUGGGGACUAAAGUUCACUCUGAAUGCAGUGCUAACAGUUCUCAGAGUCGAUCAGAUUAUUAUGGCAAAGAGGUCUGGAGGUCCGAAACCUCCGAAGGAGAACAAGAACUGGGAUGAAGACUAGGAGUUUAUGUACACUUAGUUGAUCAUCUUGAGUCUGCUUGUUCUUCUCUAGUCUUAAUUGUAUGCAACAAAACUUCAUGAUUGAAAAUAAAUCUACAGUAAAGUGUC